AUUGGUUCACACUUUAGUUAGUGCUGCCAACUACAAAGUACUAUGCGAUGAUGGGUCAAUUUACGGAGAUAUUUCUACUCACUCUAUUCUUCUCGACUUCAGCACUGUGUGUUGCCACUGAAGAAAAAGAACCGAAAGAUAAGGAGGAACUCGUCCCGUCAGAAACGAAAGAUGGAAAAUUGGAAAUCAUCAAGAGAAUCAAGAAAGUCAACAGCGACGGCUCGUAUACCAUCGGCUACGAAGCAGAUGACGGAUCAUUCAAAAUAGAAAGCCGGGAUGUCUUGGGCAACGUUAAAGGGACAUACGGGUUUGUGGACGAAGACGGGCAAAUCAAAAGAGUGUCUUACAGUUCGAACAAUGCCAGCGAGAUAUUUUCAAAACCGCAAAAUCCUCCAUCCGAACUUUCCAUUAUUCAAAGGACAAGCACGGCUACUCCACUGGUCACCGUUAAACCUGAGACCCAUUCAACUACAACAGGACAUCCUGUAACCAGCACGAGUUCUAGCGUUAUUCAAAGCAUUGCUAGGCGCAAAUCAACUGGAAGUACAUCUCGACCCAACUAUCAAAGCGUGGAAAACAUCAAAUCGUCGUCGAAAAUCAAUAACGUUGUUUAUUCGUCAGCUGCUCCUCGGGUUCUGUUGCAAAAGCCCGCUCCACCUUCCAACCCGCAACUAGCGUCAAAAUCCGAAGGCCAAAUUCUACGCCCCGAGGUAAUUCAAAAAACUACUCCAUUCCCAACCUUUAAAACCUUGUCUGUUAAGCGUUUCGAAGAUGAGAAACCAGUUACUGAGGAACCGGAAAUUAGAAGCAAUAUUUUAAGGCGACAGACUCAUAGGGCACCCUACGAUGCACAGUCUCAUAUUUACAAUUCACAUCAAUCGGUAGGCAACGAUGUUCCUGAUGUGUACACCUCCGGAGUUACUGAAACCAGGCCCCUGUUUACGACCACUGCAAGGCCUAGCAGGAUUAUUCCAAUUGUUUCUAGUACAACAGCAGCUCCUGUAUCGGUCGUUCGACCCAUAAAAUAUGCCUCUAACUACCAAAGAAAUCUUUUGCAUGAGCGUGAGCCUGAAAAUAGAGAAUAUUCCCACGAAACGACGUCAACCGAAUCUCCGGUAUCCAUUACGAAUUCACCGGUGGUUCAGAUUCCUGCAAACAGGCCUGAACAUAUUGAUCAGGCAGAACCAUUGAUAGCUCUACAACACCCAUUCCAAGGCGGAACUAUUUUACUUCCUUUUAACCAGUUCCAAAGUAGAGUAAUACCGGUGGAAGACGCCAGGCGCAAAUAUAUUAUCCAACAACAGAGAGAACAGCAAGUGGCUUCCGAAAUAGAAAUCGAAAAGCAGCACGUGAAGAGGUUAAAUUCUGUACAACUUAGACCGUUGCCUGUUCAAGUAGAUCAAAAUGGCUAUCUACGCGAAAUGCCACAAGUAGUAACGCCAUAUUCACUAUCGGCGGCAGUACCAGUGCGAAUGCCAGCGUCUUCAGCUUCUCAACACCUGAACAAUGACGCAGAAAAUGAUAUUAAUGAUAUCCAACCCCCUGUCAGUACUAAGGAUUUCCAGAAGCUUUUGAAUAAUCUUAUAAUGAGACAAAAAAGAUUAGAGAGAAUUAGCGAACUAACGAACCCAAAACUUCAUCCAGAACUAUACCAACCACCACCAGUAGUCUAUCGAAGAGUGCUACAGCAGGGUCCGCCUUCUUACUUCGUGGGAAGGGUACCCUACCAGCAAAUUGAACCGCAACCACAAGAGACCGAGGCGUCUCAACAGAGGCAGUUCGUAGAAUUUCCUAAACAAUAUAUACGACAGCGAGUGUAUCAACCUGAAGAACCGGAUACCUACAGAUCGCUUUAUAAUCGGCAAGACCUCGACCUGAACGGAAGGGAACCUAGAGUGUUGAGACAUCGAGAUCAAGAAGAAUAUCUUCCUCCGGAUGUAAGAGAAAUGCUGCUGCUCAAAAUGCUGCAAUUGGCUAUGAAUCCUGCUCUUCCAAUAGACGAAAACGACGAAAAUGAAACUGACUCUAAAGCUACAAUAUCUUCUCCUCAAUAUAGAAGAGCUCCAGUAAGAAAUGUUGAAAUUCUUGGGGAGGAAGUUGAAGAGACACCGAUGCGAAACGUUGGUAGAGUUAAACGAUUAACAGGCCAAGAUUACUUCGAGUAACAGUUUCUCGAUUUUGUGUAUCUAGACUAUAGCAGUAUUAAGCCGGUGCCCGUUGGCUUCAUUUAUGUAUUUCUAAAAAAAGUACCUUUGCUUUCACGCCAAAUAUUACCUAAUUUAUUUCACCAUUACAAAAGGUAGUACUAGUAGUAUAGGUAGUACUUAUUUAUUUUUGUAUACAUAUUUCUGUAGAUCUAUUUUUUUAAUGCUACAUGUGAUUUAGAAGAAAGUCAGUUUUUUAUGUGACUACAAGCGUGUGUUACUGAUAUUGACUCUCAAAAAACCAUUCUAAAAAUGUUAAAUCAGUUUCAUUGCCAUUCAGGCUAAACUGCAAUUAGAAAAAGUUAUUUCAAUAAUAAUUCAUUUAAAAAUAAAAAACCAAAUUUUGCAGGAACUGACAUCAUUCUUCGUCCUUUACUAUUUGUGAAAUUAAGCUAUUGUUAUAGUUUUGAAACGUGUAAAUAGGUAUUGCAUAAGUGUUACCAAAGAUGUGAACGCAUUUGUGAGAAUAUUUUUCUUUAAACAUUUG